CACAGCUGUGUAGAGUAAACAAUCAUUUCGCUGUUGAUAUUUCAAUAAAAAUGAGAGGAUAAUGACCUUUGUAUAUCGUUUAUUUUUUCACGCAUUCUUCCGCGAGUAUUUUCUGCGGACACACACAGUGUUAGCUGAUAUUUCGUGAUAAAAUCGCGAUUAUUUUAGCGAUCUUUCUAAUAGCUUUUAUUUCAAAAUGAAGUUGAAAGUGGACAAGAGUUUAGUGCCAAUAAAGGCACAUUUCUUCUUCUUUUUCGCGGCGCUGGGCCCACUUCUGCCUCAAAUGAACGUGUUCGGGCGUCAACUUGGCGUGUCCCCUGGCGCCAUGGGUCUCGUGACGUCAGUGUUGCCCCUAUUAUGGGCAGCAGCCAAGCCACUGUUUGGCUACGUUGUUGAUUACUGGCCGAGACACAGGAAACUAGUCUUCAUGCUCCUAAUAGCAACUAUGACAGGCUCGUACUGUUGUCUAUGGUUCUUACCAAUGCCGGACCCGCCGCCACAGAUAACACAAAACGUAUACGCACUCAACGACACAGUCUAUUUAAAAAAAGUUGACAACACUACCAUAGACGAACUCUUACUUCAAAAAUACAGCUGUCAAUGGACGUGUGCCAAUGACACUUUUGACGUUUAUCUGUCAAACUCAACUUAUAUUAAUACAGUUUUUGUAGAUAGUGAUGUGGCAAAUACGUCUUGCUCGCUCUUUAAUAUGGAUUUUAAUGAUGAAAGAGAGGGAGAGAUUAUAUGUGUUCCAAAGACUGGUUGUAAUUUAAUAUGUUUAGAUAAAGAAUUAAACGGUACAGAGGUGAAUGUUCAGAAUGGAACGCACUUGGAAAACGCAUUGUCUAUGGAUGGCACAGAUAAUUUAUAUAUGACGUCGGUGUUUUGGGCGUUCGUUGUGUUGAUGUGUGUUGGUACUGUGGCGUUCAAUGUUGCCAACUGCAUAGGAGAUGCCGUCUGCUUCGAUGUGCUAGGCACAGAACGCGCCUCAAAAUACGGCGCGCAGCGUGCCUGGGGUACAGCCGGGUACGGUUUAACAGCGCUCCUAGGCGGAGCCCUGAUAGACCUCACAUCCGGGGCUUAUAAAGACUUCACACCGGCCUUCGUUAUAGCCCUAGCGGCCACUGCUGUGGAUUUAUACAGCUGCAGAAGACUUAAUCUACCCUCGCUAACCAGCCCUGACGACUCGGGCAAAGCGUUGCGCGAUGUACUACGAAUCCCUCGUGUCCUGGUCUUCAUUGUGUUCGCGGUUGUAGCCGGGACUUUUGACAGCUUCAUCAUUUAUUACAUGUUCUGGUUUCUAGAAGAACUGGCAGAAGAAACAGGUUCCAUGGCGAAGAUCAAGCUCAUAGAGGGCGUUGUAGUCGCCGCACAGAGCUUCAUAGGAGAACUGUUAUUCUUCUACUUCUCUGGUAAAAUAAUAAAGCGAUGGGGCUACGGCGCCACACUAACGCUAUCUCUUUUCUGCUACGCGCUGCGUCUCGCUCUGAUCUCAUUCAUCCAGCACCCGUGGCAUCUCGUGUUUAUUGAGUCCAUAAUGCAAGGCCCUACAUACGCGCUAUGCUACUCGUGUAUAGUGGGGUAUGCGGCCUUCGUAGCCCCCGAAGGGUACUCGGCCACCGUACAAGGAGUAGUGGCUGGCAUGGACGACGGUGUCGGUUUCGCCCUGGGCUCGCUCGUGGGCGGGCAGCUGUACGCGUGGGCGGGCGGGCGCGGCUCCUUCCGCGUGAUGGCUGCCGUCGCCGCCGUCGCCGCGACCGCGCACCUGCUUAUGUACAGAUGUGUCACCAGAGACCAAGAACAAAAAGCGGAACAAUCUACCCCGGAAGGCGAAAAGAUGUUGGAAAUCGACAGCAGCGCCAUCUAUCGACCGACGGUUGUACCUCUCAGCGAGAAAGGUGACAACAGAUAACAAACUUGAAAGUUUACGCUACUUGACCACAGAUGGCGUUACUUGUAUUUAUGGUUAAUAAGAUAUAAGCCGGUCAGAAAUAAUGAAAAAUUGAACCCUAUCACCGUAAAGCGGUACAAUUUAUCGCUUCGAUCGAUCGGACAGAUUGUGAACGAUCUGUCGCAUCGAAAGCGCCGCCAUACAUGAGGCGAGCGAUUGGCGUAGGAUCGUUUACGAUAUCGUAAUUGUUUGUGAUUCCCUCUUAAAAAUAAGUGCCAUUUUAAAGCAAAAGAUACCACAUUGUCUGACAUUGUCGCUUAAGGAUGCUCGAGCAAGUAACUCGUAUAAAGAUACGUACAAAUUUCGUCCUUAUAGUAAGGGUACGUCACAUAUGGAUUGAAUGGGCCAUUUUUUUCAAUGUUGUCCACCCCAAUUUUUUUGUAACAUGGAUAUUUUUUACGCGAUUCAUAUUCAAAAUCGCGAGGUCUUUUGAUCCUGAUAGGAGAAAAAAAAUGUCCCAAGA